AUGGGUGCUAUACCAGAGAGAUGUGGCGAUCCCAGUCCUUGCUUAGUUUCUUACACUAUAGAUGAUGUUGAAUUUGUAGAUUGUAUGUGUGAUCUUGGUGCUUGUGUGAGCAUUAUGCCUUUGUUUGUUUACAAUGAAUUGGACCUUUCACCAUUGAAAAUAUCGGCAGCUCGUUUUGUUUUAGUCGACAAGAGCAUUAUAUCUGUGGCCGGUAUUGCUGAGGAUGUCUUAGUGAGCAUCAAGGGAUUAAUCUUCCCAAUUGAUUUUUACAUCCUAGAGAUGCUUCCUAAUGACUCCGGGAAGCCGUCAUCCAUUCUAUUAGGGAGGCCUUUCUUGAAGACUUCUAGGUUUAAGCUGGAUGCAUUUUCGGGCACUUAUUCUUUUGAGAUUGCUGGUAAAUCCGUGAGCUUUAAUUUGGAUGAGACUAUGAAGCAUCUGCCGGUGGACCGUUCUAUCUUCCGGUGUGAUUUGAUUGAUGAAGUUGUAGUUGAGAUCCACCAUGAGACUCCUCAUGAGAUGAGUAUGAGUAAAAGUCUAAAUGUGGGGAAGAAUUGUGACUAUGAUGUGGACUUCCCACCACCUCCACUAUUGCAAGAAGACUCUAAUGAGGAGUUGCAAUCUUUCGCUCUCCAAUCAAAGUGUGCCUUCUUAGAGGAAGAUGAGGUAAUUGAGUCGGAAGAAGUGAAUACUAAUGUAUAUUUCACCCAACCUCCUAAAUUUGAUGUGUUUUAUAAUGAAGAAGGCUUAGAGGAGGUUGAUGAAGGGUACUACAAAAUGUUGAAGUGGACUUUACCCAACUCCCCAAAUUUGAUUUGA